AUGGCUAAAUGUGAUGUUUGCGACAAAGAGUAUGAUAAAUUGAUUGAUGAUGAAUUUUGGGAUCAAAGAGUGUGUGAGAAACAUGAAUCCGAUGGGACUCCGAGAUGUUAUACUUGUUUCAAAUUUCUUAAAGAAACAAAAUAUUUGGACCUUACUGAUGGUCGAAAACUUUGCUCAGAUUGUUCUUCCAUUGCUAUCAUUGACCCAAAGGAAUGCAAGCCCCUCAUUCAAUACGUGCACGAAUUCUACAGAAGUUUAAACCUCAAAACGGAUGAAGACAUUCGUGUUUUAUUGUUGGACAAGAAUGCUAUGCUCAAAUUCAAAUCUCCUGUUGAUAACAUGAGGGGUACAGUAUGGUAUAGUUUUGGCGGUUUGCGUGCUUUAGUGAGGAUUAAAAAAUGUUCAAAAAUUGAAGGAAGUAUUGAAGUGGAGAGAAAACUGGAGAUGUUAAGACGUCCUCAUAAGUUAACUGCGCGGCGAAGAAGUUCAGGCAAUAUAGAAGCAUUGAUAGUUUUGUUUGGGAUGGCGAAUGUAGACAUGGGUGCAACAGUGGCACAUGAGAUGAUGCAUGCGUGGUUGUACACUGCUGGUGUUACGGGAUUAGAAGAAAGGGUUGAAGAAGGUUUUUGUGAGUUAAUGUCAUACAUGUGGAUGGAGUGGUUUUGUUCCAGUCGUGUUGACUCCUUGUACAAGACCAAUGAGCAAGUUCAGUAUUCAAGAAAAUUGAAAGACCUUCUAUCGAGUUCUAUGGAAUACAGUGAAGACGAAAUUUAUGGCCAAGGGUUUAGAGAUGCUAGAACGGCUGUUAGCAAAUUUGGCCUUAGAACUGUACUAGACCAUAUCGUGAAAAAGAGAUGUCUCCCUUAUGAAGGUUAA